AUGUACCACGGGCAGAUGGCGGCCAUGAGAAGCAGAUAUUGCAAGGAGGAGCUUGGAGCUAGUUGCUGUCUGUCGCAACAUGUUGGAGAGCAAGGUACACUGGUCAACUUCACGAAAGAUGAUGUAUACGUUGUCGUGUCCGCAGGUGGUGGAGGACAGGACACAACCACACAAACCCCCAAACAAUGA